AUGACGGCAGCUGACCAAAAGGAAUUAGAAAGUUUGUUUGUGCAUGCAAUUUAUUUCACAGGAGAAUGUCAUUCUGCAGAAAAUAUUGCGCAGGAUAUAAAACUUACAAUAGAACAAGCAGAUAUUAAUAAAUUUGCAGCUGCUAAAUCAAUUUUAGAAAAAGGAAAGGAAGUUGUACAAUAUUUUCGUAAUCAUCAAAUUCCUUUAGCAACACUUCAUUGGCUUCAAUUAGAAAAGUAUAGACCAGCUUUGCAAUCUAUUUUGGCUGAAGAAAUAGAAAUUAAUGAAAAUAUUAUACUUAAUCUUAGUAGCGAAACAUUUGUUAAAUUACGAGAAUUGGAAUCUGAAAUUAAAAACAAUACAAUUAUUCCAAAACAAGAUAAUAUUAUUGAAGAAGAAAUUAUUAAACUUGCGGGAGAAGAAAAUACUAGUCAAGUAUUAAAUAAAUUAGCAGAAUAUAUUAGCCAAACAGGUAGAUUUGCAAAAAGACAUUUGUGGGGUAAUAUUCCAGGAGGGACCGUCCCCUGUUACACAAAAUUUCCAAAUCUA